UAUUGCACAUUUUUUGCCCAGGUCCCUCUUGAAAAUGAGAUCCAGAUCUCAACGGGGUUUACAUGGUUAAAUAAAGGAAUAUACAUAUAAAAAAUAUAAACCUUAGUGCAAACAGCCAAACAACAUAAUUAUUAACUAUUAACAUAAUUGUAUCCCUCUACAAUAUCCUUUCACAUCACAAAUUCUCUUUGAAGGCAAAACAGAUCCAUCCAAUAUAACAAUAGGAUUUAUGAGUUCUCUAUCUGGAAUAAAAAGCCAUUGCUACCAACCUCAAACGUGUCUACCUGUUGAAGUGUGUUGAAAUGAAUGGGCAAUAUUUUAAGCAGUACAUUUCACUAUUCCAUUACUAAUUUGCAUUUGUUUCACAUUUGUCAAGAGCUCUACAACACGCUCCAUAAACAAAACAUCACAGUCAGCUUGGAAAUAAUUUACAAUUCUACUGAAAACUGAUUAACCGUCGAUACAGUUGCUUAUUACAUGUCUGUGGUACAUAGAAAGACAACCAGACACAGAGUUCAGAGAUCAAGAGAAACUCUGGGUCUAGACCAAACCCGUUGACAUGUUGAAUGAAAAAUGUGCCCAGAAAGCGCUUCCACCUGAGGUGGAGGAGAGAGGACACUGGGGGAGCAAGGUGCAGUUUCUGCUGGCCGUGGCUGGAAAUGUUGUCGGCUUCGGCAACGUCUGGAGGUUUCCUUACCUCUGCUACAAAAACGGAGGGGGUGCAUUCUUGGUGCCAUAUCUGGUUUUUGUGGUGACCUGUGGCGUACCUCUGUUCCUGCUGGAAACAACCAUGGGCCAGUACACACAGGAGGGGGGCAUCACCUGCUGGAGGAAGCUGUGUCCGCUUGCAGAAGGUAUAGGCUUUGGAGGGCAGCUGAUCCUCUUCUACAGCUGCAUGACUUACAUCAUUAUUCUGUCCUGGGGUUUGCUCUAUUUGGUCUUCUCCUUCAGCUCCCAGCUCCCCUGGGCCAGUUGUGACAACUACUGGAACACAGAGGACUGUGUGGACUUUUCAACAAACAGCACCUUCCAGUGGACCAACAGGACUAAUUCCACCUCAGCGGCCACAGAAUUCUGGGAACGGCGUGUCCUGGCUAUCUCAGGGGGAAUUGAGGAGGUGGGCAGCAUCAGGUGGGAGGUGCUGUUGUGCUUGAUUGUAAUGUGGAUCAUUUGCUACUUCUGCAUUUGGAAAGGAGUCAAGUCCACAGGAAAGGUGGUGUACUUCACUGCCACCUUCCCAUAUGUCAUGUUGUUAAUCCUUUUGAUUCGAGGACUAACUCUUCCCGGCGCCCUUGAAGGAGUCGUUUUUUAUCUUCUUCCUGAACCGUCCCGACUCACCGACCCUCAGGUGUGGAUGGAGGCCGGCGCGCAGAUCUUCUUCUCCUACAGUGUUGGGGUGGGCUCUCUAACUGUGCUGGGCAGCUACAACAAACACAAUAACAACUGCUACAGGGACUGCCUGUGGCUGUGUUUCCUGAACAGUGCUACCAGUGUGGUAGCUGGGUUCGCCGUGUUCUCUGUGCUGGGUUUCAUGGCUCAUCAGCAAGGCAUUCCCAUUGCAGAGGUGGCCGAGUCAGGUCCAGGCCUGGCAUUCAUCGCAUACCCUCAGGCGGUGGCCAUGAUGCCUCUGCCCCAGCUCUGGUCCAUCUGCUUCUUUGUCAUGCUCAUCCUCUUGGGUCUGGACACAGAAUUUGUCUCCAUGGAGGUGGUGAUGACGUCCAUCAUUGAUAUGUUUCCCAGAGUUAUGCGACGGGCAGGACGCCGGGAGAGCUUCCUCCUGCUCUUCUGUCUGAUUUGCUUCUUCUCUCAACUCGUCAUGAUUACCGAAGGAGGGAUGUUUGUGUUCCAGCUGUUUGACUACUAUGCAUGUAAUGGAGCCUGCAUCCUCUUCCUCUGUGUGUUUGAAACUCUGUCAAUGGGCUGGGUGUUUGGGGCAGAUCGGUUGUAUGGCAUCAUAGAGGAUAUGACAGGGGUGAAGGCCAAUCCUUUCUUCAAAAUCUGCUGGCUUUACAUCACGCCACUGGUCUCACUGGGAUCUUUCAUAUGUUCCUUAAUCAAGUAUCAGCCUCUGACCUUUAAUCGCUGGUAUGUCUACCCAUCCUGGGCUUACGUGUUGGGCUGGGUGCUGGCUCUCUCCUCCAUCCUGCUUGUACCUGGGUGGGCACUUUAUAAGAUGAUGACCGCCAGCGGCACACCUAGACAGCGCCUCCAGUACUUGUGCCAGCCUGCUCUAAGUGACUCACCAACUCAAAUAAGAGGAGCUGAGCUGCAAAACAAGGGUGUUGACCUGAUGCAGCCAUUCAUGGUCAACUGACAGCAGAUGUACAGACUGAUGUACCUGGAACUCCUUAAAAUUACAGUUUAACAUGCUAACCAGCCUCACCUGCCUCACCU